CAAGAAGGUUUCCAUGAAGCCUACCAAUCAACAAGGACGAACAAGCAGACAGAAAGGUAUCACAAGAUCUCGAACAGGAUGUCUUAAUUGUAAGAAGCUAAAAAUAAAGGUAUGUAACAUUGGUAAUUUUUUUGUGUGUAUAGGUAUACUGUGUAUAAGUGAGGUAUACUAACUAGUAAAAUAGUGUGACGAAGGUAAACCCAAGUGUGAGUAUUGCAUUCAUCGUAAUUGUGAAUGUAUAUACCCUCAACCAAGUCACCCUCAAGUGGUAAAUAUUGGAGAACCAUUUGAAACAGGUGAUGAGGAUACAUUAUGGAGAAUGGCCACUCUAACAAAAAUAGUCAAUUCAAUUCAUGAAAGAGACUAUACUCAUCUGCUUACAGAACAAUUAUUAUUAACACAAGCAACUACACAAUUAGGGAUCUCUAAAUUUGAAUUACGGCUAUUAGAUUUCUUUAAUAGUUACUGUAUAUUUGGAUUCUCUUUUGGAGUUCAUCCUCAGAUUCAUCGAGCAUGGAAGAAUGAAAUACCUCGACUAUUCAUGCACAGUGAACUUGUUAGAAACAGUGUAUUAUCAUAUGCUUCUUUAAACUUGUUCCCUCUAUGUGAUCUAGAAUAUGUAUUCUCGCAAGAUGAAUCUAUGAGUAAAAUUAAGUUCAAUAGUAAUGUUGAAUCUAUAUAUAAAGGAAAAGUCGGAUUAAUAGAUGAUGGAGAAGAUGAUGCACAAGAAAAUAUCUAUAUUAAAGCAUCCAAUUACUUUCUGGAUACAUUAAUGAUGAAGAAUCAACUUUUAGCAAAGCAAAAGGAGAUCUUUUAUGGUCCUAGUUUUAUUGAAGUUGGACCUGCUACAGAAUUGUUUGUAUCGAGUGUAUUAAUCUUUUCAUUUCUUGCAUUACAUCCUCAUAAAUUAGUACCUCUCGUAUCAUUUAAUGAGGAUGAACAUGAACCAGAUUUCUUAUCUAUAUGUAAAGGUAUACGACAAACAAUAGUAGCAUAUUCUGCCGCAAUAACGAAUAGUCCCUUUGGAUUAUUGUUUAUAUUUGAUACCGGUAAGAAAGUCCCCUCAAUUAAAGAAUGUCUGUAUCCAUUAAUUGUUAGUUUGAUUAGAGAUUUAAAUGCCGAAUUUGAUAAUAAAGAUCUUACAUCAACUCUGACACAUGAAUAUCAAGUAUUAAGAGAAACAAUUGAAGUAUUACAUGAAUGUAUGUAUAAGGCCACAUCAUUUGGAUAUCCUGUACCUGUAUUUAGAUGGAUAUUAAUAAUUCCACAUGAAUUCCGUCAAUUAGUAUAUCAAAAGAAUUUCUUUGCCUUAAGACUAAUAUAUGUAUUUGCUAGUUUAUGUUCAAUGACAAGGUUUCAAUUAUUUAGAGAUUCUAAUAUGUGGGUAGACUAUAUGGAAUGGUAUAAAUCUUACAAUUUCAAAUUAUACAAUGGAGCUUGGAAGUAUAGUUUAGAUGAUAGACUUUACUAUCUUGCUGAAAUUAAAUCGUUUAGAUUUGGACUACUUCAGCGGUUGGAUCUUCUGGACUUUGAUCCCGAGUUCUUAGCACAAGUGGUGUAAUUACUAAUAUUAUAGAGCAAUAAAUAUAUUGAAUAGUUGAUAAU